AUCUGCUCCAUAAUCCUUUUUUUCUCUUCGUCUCCUUUUCCUUCUCUAUCUCUUCUCAGAAACAGAGUACCCUGUUUCUCCUCUGUUUCGGAUCACCUUAGAUAUUGAGGACGCACAAUUCAAUUCACCACCCCGCAGUACCGCUCAGCUCUCUCUCUUACUUACCCACCAUGGCCCCUAAGAAAAUUUUAUCCAUUGUUUACAUUGUCCUUGCCAUCACAUUUCUACUAAAGUUUCAGCCUAUUGAAGGACGACAACUGAAUUAUGGUGCUGCUAACGUUACAAGUAGGGUGCAUGGUGAUGUCGUUAACAUUCCACCACCACAAAACUCAAACAACACUAGAAUGGUUGAUAAAAUUGACCCUCGAAACAGCGCUCCUCCUGCACCACAAUCCCAACGUCCUAUUCACAAUUAAUUUCUUAUCCUUAUAAAGGAGCUUAAAUAAGGAGGAUCACCAAUUGUCCAUGCAACUGAUUGCAAACCUGUGCUUGUUUUCUGGUUGUUUAGAAGAUCAAUCGUGUAGAAAAUAAAUUUUAGAAUUCAUGCUUUUGUGUUGUGUUUGGAAAUUGUGGCUUGAUAUAUUAAUAUCCAUGUGGACUGUGUUUGCUCAAAGAAUUUGAAGAACUCAAAGCCAAUGCCUUUCAUUCUUCUUCUUCCGUUUUUUUAAUGGUAUUUUCAUUCUUAUUGAGUUUAAAAGUUUUCCUCUCUCUCUCUCUCUCUCUCUCUCUCUUUUAAUUAUGGCUCUUAAAAAGGUGGAACAAGUAAACAUAAAAUGGAUUA